AUAUAAACGGAAUUGACCCGGAUCGACGCCCUACCUGCAUGCAGGCCCCAGGGCGGGCAGCAAUGCGGGCAGCGGGCCCUGCGUUGACGUCGGUCCGAGCCCUGAAGCUGCCUAGCACAUAGCAGCAUUGCACACAGCCGUGCGGAAUCCCCUACACACGCGAAUAGAGUUGCGUGGGAAUGAGACUUCUACAUACUAGUAGCCCUGCCAUCACUUCUGCCGUCACGAAUGUGCGUGCGAUGCCGGCAGUUGUGCUAUGGUUAAGUGUUCCUCCCCUACCUACUUGGUUAUGCUACCAUGAUAGCCUAUGUAUGAUGUGUGUAGUCAUCUUCCUCCGCUGCUUCCGGAUUAUUCAUCCCAAGCCGUAUUUCCUCUCCUCCGGAGUAAAUACGAUCCAUUGGUGGCUACCAGAUACGGUACGGUACCCUGCCAGCAAAAUCACGGAAAAGCAUGGUCUUGUCUUAUACAGCGAUCGCAACAAUCUCGUGACAAAAUAAUACCGCUUGCUCGCUCGUCGAGCAACCACACCCCACACCACCAGCCAACGUGCUCUCGAAUUCCCCGCUAAACAAAAAAAAAACGAAUGACGAUGUUGAUACGCAUGAUAGCAAUAC